AUGGGGCCAGAAGGUCCAAAAGAUUCUGGUUUCAGAGGUCUGCCGGGACCUCAAGGAGCACAGGGAAGAGCCGGAGGACUAGUGUCUUAUGCUCUUAACGAAAACCAACAGCAAUUCCGUGCAGAGCCUCAGGAGUAUAUCAAAAGUCACCCAAGCGCUGAUGAGAAUUUGGAUUACGCAGAUAUCGCGACGAAGGUUUUAGAUUACAUUAAGUCUCAAGGCCUGUUACGAGGCCAAGGUGGUUUUAUAGGAAUUCCAGGUCCACGAGGUCUACAAGGAUUCCCUGGACCCUCUGGACCCUCUGGACCAUCUGGACCCCGUGGAGCCCGUGGACUGCCUGGAAGUGAUGGAUUACCUGGACUCCCUGGAACUCCAGGAAUCAGUGUAGACUUUUCUCCCUCCAAUAUGACAGCGAUCAUGGACUACAUCAGAGAAAACCAUAUGAUUGGACAACCAGGUAUACCGGGACAGAAAGGGGAGAAUGGAUAUCAGGGACUUCCUGGACCAACAGGAGCGAAAGGUGACAGAGGAUCCAUAGGUCCACCAGGCUUCACAGGCCAACCAGGAAUGAAAGGACAAAAGGGAGAGAAGGGCGAGGCCUCAUUUCUCACUCGCAGGAGGAAGAGGAGCACCGUCAUUUAG